GAGGUCAAUGUACAAGAGGAAAGAGUGGAGUGGGACGUUACCAGUCGCCGUAAAUACUACAGCAGGUACCAAAAGUCGACGUCUGGCGACGGUGCCGCGCUUCAGAAUCCCGACAGCAAGCAGUGCAAGUCUGGUAGUGAGACCGAUGACGACUCCCAGUACCGCAUGAUUUGCUGCCCUACCGAUGCAAUGCCUGAGGGCUGCACUUGGGAAGGGGCAAGCGAAUUUGGUCUGUUUAGUGGGAACAGUAGCACCUGCGGUGAGAACAAGUAUGAGCUGGUGGCAGACACAUAUAAUGAUCGGACAGGGUCCAUUCAAUGCCUGAUUAACCAGAGAUCACUUUGUUGUAAUACGAACAGUCUACUGACUGAGUGCCAUUGGAGUGGCUGCGCCGAUUCCUGUCCUACCGAUUGGACGACAAACGAGUGGGGGAACUUGAACCCCGAUGAGAGUGAAUCGUGUCCAGACCUCUACAGUUUCUGCUGUCCCUCUUCAGAUACAUAUAAAAAUUGCGACUGGCAUUUUUGCGACUACUGUCCGAGUGACAAAGUACUCAUCACUCGGCGUAUGGAAGUCGACUUCUUACUCAAUGAAGGUAUCUACUGGCGAUGUGGCGGUGAAUCUACAGGCGCGCCAUACAACUCGUUUUGUUGCGAUCCACCUUCUGCCUCUGAGGAUCGGCCUGUGGAUCCAGCCGAUCUCUUUGAGUAUCCUGAUGAAGAUAACGUGAUGUAUUAUUACGAGGUCGAGAAGACAUCAAACGAUGAUGCUACGGAUGAUUCAAGCAGUGACCCAUUUGCAUUUGUCAUGAUCGACGGCGACCCAGAAGCAUACGACGAGUCUCUUGUCGAUCAGUGGAGCUUCCUAGUCGAUGAGGAACAACUAACCAAGCGAUUUCUUAAAAUACACGAGCGACGAAGCAUAUUCGAAUCACGCGACGACACUUUCGACAACGAAGUCGAAGUUUAUCACAUCCAGUGUUCCUCCUCUUUUAUUAACGGUACUAGUGGUUGCAUAUCCAUUUUUCAGGGUGGUGCAAACAAUACCAUUGUGAGGAUGCCCAAGGACAUCGGAGCUGGCCCAUUCGCACGGGUUAUCAGUCUCGUGCCGAUGGGCUCCACUGGGAAGUCGGCUCGUUCUAAUAUCUUACCACGCUCAAGCACCAAUACCUACGAGUUGACGGUUGACUAUGACUUCGCCGGAGCAUCAGCGGAGAGAGAUGGGGACGUCAAUUUCCGAGUUUAUUACACCAACCUUCUUGAAUAUUGGAAGGAUAUCACCAACACUCCAGCCAAGAAGCGCAAGCGCUGGUUUGGCAGUUUUAGUUCCUGGCUGUCUAAGAUGACCACCAUCACAAAGAAGGACCAAGGAUACCUUCCGAUGGAAUACGACGAGACCAUCAAACUCUUCCACGCCGAGGGUACGGAUAUUACUUAUUACUUUGAAGGGGCCAUUCUGCCUACCCCAUCGUUGAUUGCUGCGUAUGGAUACUUUUCGGUUGCACCUGAAGCGGCGAUCCUCUUGACCCUUCGCGGCGAGGCUGUCUGGCAGUCGACUACCGGAACACAGUCUAUCAUUAGUGGCAUCACGUUCCCCGGUCUCUCUAUCAAAGGACUUAUCAGUAUUGGACCAGAGCUUGAACUGACUGGUAAAUUGGAUGCGUCGAUCAGUAUCUCUGGAGAGCUGAAUGCCGGCGUCGUUGCAUCGUGGCCCCGUGCUGAAGUGUAUUUCCCUCAGGAUGAUGGUGGCGCGGAUGCGACCACUAUGCCCGAGGAUAUCAAUGGUGACGAUCCACAGACUUUCAGUGUUGAACCUAUCUUCGAUGCCUCCCUGACAGCAGAAGGAAAUAUGGCUUUGACGCUUACCCCACAGGUAAAAUUCGGUAUCUCUGUUCUGGGCGGAGAUCUCAUGUCUGGAUAUGUCACAACAGCUGUCGACAACAUCGUUUCAUUAGGUGUCAAUGCAUCUGCGUCUGUCUCCUACGAUGGAACCUCAUCUGCGGGAUUCUGCUACUGGGCUGAUUAUAUAUACUCUUUCUUUGUUUCUGCGGACGUCUCUCUUCAAAACCUUGCUUCUUUGAAUCAAACAUUGACUUACCCGGACAGGUUCCUCGAUGAUCUUGCCUAUUGGGGCAGCACAUAUGAGGUGGCUUCCCCCGAUGAUCCAAUCGUCUUGGUGGAUAACACCUGCAUCACUUACUCGAGUGAUGAUCCCCUUGCCAAACGGAGCAGUGUAGAAAGCCUCGUUGCUAACAGCACUGGUCCUGGCUGUUUUGGUGGAUUAGUGGAAUGUUCGACUACUGUUGGUGUGGGCAAUUCCUCCUGCACAUUAACCAGCGACGACUCAGACUCGGACACAACCACCACCACUAGCAAGCGCGCACAGCAAUGUUACAACCUGCCUGCUCUCUUCUACAAUUGCGAUCUGUUCGGUACGGCCUAUGUCACGAACCGGAAUCAAAACACGAUGAGCAGCACUCGUUCGGUACCAUUCAUCGGUAUGUUUCCCCUUGUCCUGUACUCUUAUGCGUCCAGCCCCAUGAGCUUCAACAAUGAAAGAAAAAGUAUUUGCGAAAAUAUCCGGAACUAUCUUCAAAAGAACCCAGGCAAGAUCAAAGGAAACGGAAUGGAGCUUACCUACAAGGGAGACAACGACCAAUCUGGUGGUGGCAAUCGACGAGCUGCAUGCUAUGCUAAAGGCAAGGAGUGCGUGAAGAGUAAAACUGCUUUGUGGCCAACUGAGGUGCAGGAAAUGUAUAACUGGCACAGCACCCAGACGAUCAACGGUGUACGCAAGAUUGUUCCAGCACCGACCGACUAUGCUGUAAUGCAAGGCUAUGACGAAAGCAUAUCAUCCGAGGAAGGAGGCAGUGGUGCAGAAGCUUCAUGUGUCGUCACUGGACAGCAACAAGCACAGGCUACUGUCAACGGCCUGGUCAGUCUUUUAUACGACACGAGAACCGGCACUGGAAUGACCUGGAGGGGAUGGACCGUUAACGAUCCUUGGACCGGCCAGCCACGCAAAUACAGAAUCAAUCUCACAUCAGGCACAAUCAACGGCUAUAGUCUGGGUUACGGCGGCGAGAUUGCUUCCGCGACGGACGACAUGGCCUAUAUCCUCGGCGGAUUGAACACCUGGGGAAAUCCAGACUUAUAUCUGACUGGGGAUACUAACGCUGUCUGCGCGAUUGGGUCAAGAUGGAACCCUCUGCUUGGUAUUCAGCAGGGCAUUGGUUAUGGAUGUUCCGUUACCUUUGCGGCUCAGACAACUGUGUUCAAGAGAGCCCAAGAUCCGGAUGAUCCCAGCACUUGGGUGGUUGAGAAUGUGGAAAUCUCCGAAGAGUCCAUGAGGAAUCCAAUCCCGCUUUUUUCGGAUAAUGGAGAGGGCUUCCUCGACCAUGCAGCACGCGAUCUCGAGGGAAUGAUGGAAGAACUGAAGCUCGAGGCUGAUCAAGAGAAGGAACCAAUGAUCACGGCAACACCAGACGCAAGUCAUCUGCGACAACACAAAAACUCUCACCAUCAUCACCACUGA